ACCCGUAUUCCACAUCCAUGCAAUUAGCUGUACCUUAAUAUGUCGAAGAAAGUUAUAGUGUCAGUGGACCUCUUUUGUUCCAAGUGCAAGAAGAAGGUGAUGAAAUUAGUUGCAGGAAUAGAAGGGAUAAGUUCCAUUGUCCUCGACUCAUCCAAAAGGACAGUUACCGUAAUUGGAGAAGCCGAUCCAGUUGAUAUAAUAAAAAAGGUGAGGAAAUUCAGAAAAUCUGCAGAGAUUGUGAGCAUUGUCCCUUCCAAGGAAGAGAAGAAGGAUGAGAAGAAAGAUACCAACCCUUAUCUUCCAAAGACAUGCCAUAGAUGUGAAGAGUGGUAUGUGAUUGGUGAAGAUUACAAUUACUGUUCCAUCUUAUAGGUUCUCAUCUUUCUGAGUAAGAAAGAAACUCACGAUUCACUGAUUUCUUUGGAAUUUUCACUCUAUCAGCUUUAAUUUACAUAAUGUUCUUGAGUUUUAGUUUGUU